CCCACCAACGUAGUCGCAGCUGACGGUCGCGAGUAUUCAUAGUAUAAGUCCCUUAUGCAUUUUACGAAGUUUCGCUCGAGAGGAAAUAAUUGACUGAAAAUGCACCUGGCUCCCGGGCCAAAAGGUGACUAACAGCAUCAAACAUGCAAAGAAAGUGUUAUUUUGCUUGUGAAUUUAAUGGACCACUGCACUCAUUUCCAGCACCAAGUUACCCUCACGAGGAUAGGUUCAAUAAAUGGAAAUCUGUCCUUGGUGAAGAUCUGAAAAAUAAGGACAACAAUUAUAUACAUAAGAAUGUUCGUCUUUGUAGAAGGCAUUUUGAAGGACAAUUCCAUACUUCUGGUAAUAGACUUACAGCCAAUAGCUUUCCUACUUUAAAUUUAUUUGUUAAUGAUGGGAGUAUACCUGUUACUGGCCUGGAACAUCAAACUGUUCCUGAUGUUAUUUCUGUACAAAUACAGAAGGACACUUCUUCAUUCUCACGUGGAACAAAAAAAGUAUUUGCAAAGAAAGCAUUGCAAGCGAAAGAGAAAUGGAAAAACCUGCGUUCAGUUUUCGUAAGAAACUUAAAACCUCAGCCAAAGGGAUCAAAAAAGAAGAAAUACUAUUUAACAGAUGCAAUGCAAUUUGUUAAACCAUACAUUAAAAUAGCUGGAACUCCAUCAAGUUUACCUGAUCCAGACGAACAAGGUGAUGAAUAUAAUGAACCACAAGACCCGCUGUCCCCUGCAUCAUCACCAUCACGUAGUUCAACUCCGUUAUCAGACUCAACUCGGCGUAGUUCAUCUGACUUUUCCAACCAAAAUUAUAGAAGAAAAAAGAAAAAAAUAAGUGAAACUGACGAACUAUUAAACGAAUUUAUGAAAUCAAAAAAUACCAAGAAGGAUGAUGACGAGAAGCCGACAAUUAAUAAUGCGAACAAGAUGUUUUUGUUAAGUUUGCUGCCAGAUUUAAACUGUAUGACACCAACACAAGUAAGAAUAUUCAAACGACAAGUUAUAGAUUUAAUGGAUAAUAUACUAACCGAACCUCCCAACUCAUCUACUCUUACGCUAACACUAAAAUCGGAACACAUACCAAGUACUUCAAAUGCGUCAUCCUCGCAGAUAACUCGCCUAGAAGAAUGGUGAAGGUCACAGGAUAAUGUCAAUUUUCAUCGUAAAAUACUAGAAGAAAUACCGUAAUUAGUUUAAAAAGUUCUGUAUUGGUUACAUUUUUCGAUCAAUUUGUCGUGUAUUGAGCCAUGCCACUGCAUGCCACGAGCAAGUCUAUUCCUGUUACAUGUUGAGUAACGCUGGUCUUAUCUGGCAACGGGAACUUUAAAAUACAUGUUAAUUUUGUUAUUAAUUAUAUAAAAAAUUGUAACUCUGUGAUCGUUGUUAAUUUGUGUAUAUUUUGUAUGACUGAUAAGUAAGCGCUAAGUGAAGUUACAAGAAUUAAACUUAA